UUGGAAACCCUACACAUUAUAUAUUCCCCCCCAUUCACUCACCAGAAAGAUGACUUAAACCCUACUUCCUUUGUAAUUCAAAAGUUUCAAUUAACUAAUAUAAAAAAUCUGAAAUUGGAUAAUAUAAAAAAAAAAGACAAAAGAGAGAGAGAGAGAGAGAGAGAGAGAGUACGGCGAGGAUGGAGAAGCACGACUGAGAAAAGCGCGACUGAGAAAGAAAUAGGUUUAGGGAUUUUUCUGUGUGAUCCCUUUAUAUACUAAAGGUCAAGUAGCCUAGUUAAUUAAAUAUGACAUGUGAAAUUUUUUACAAAAUAAUAAAUAAAUAAAAGAAUUGAAAAGAAAAAAUAGCAAAAGCAAAACCUACGUUACACUACAAGCUGGAAGAAUGAAGAUUUCCAAUCCACGGUGUAAAAAAGAUUCCCAAUUCAAAAAAAUAUAAGAAAAACGAAGAAUACAACAGCAACAUCAAAAGACAAAACACAAUAUGUCGCAAUGGUAAAUGAUCUUAAUUACACUAUCAUUAAAAUAAAAUAAAAAUAGUUUGAAAUAAUAAAAAAAAAAAUAGAAAAGAAAGAUGCAAGAAACAUGUUUCACAGUUACGUGUUAAUUUACAUAGUUACUAGAUAAAAUCAAAAAAAAAAAAAUUUACUUUACCUCGCCGUCCGUUAUUCUUUCAACACCUCCACGAUCACCAUUUAGUUUUUACGUCCUAUGUUCUAUUAUUUAUAAGAUUAUUCCAUUACUCCACAAUUCAAAAGAUCGCUCUUUUGUUUUUCAUCUUUCUUCUUCAUUUUUCAUUUUGUGCUCGAGUGUAGCAAAAAAAAAUUAUACAAAUGUCUUGCCUAUAUUCAUAUUUAUUUGUUUCCUUCUCAGUUUAACAAUUUUUGUGCUCUCUAAUUCUUUCUACAUGAUUUAGGUUGAAAAUCUUACUUAAGUAUUCUCCUAUUUCGAAAACUUAAUUCUUUCAAAGAAGAAGAAAAAAAAAUUCAAAACUUUGUAAGCAACUUAGGUAACAGUAAGUAUGUCUUAAUUUACUAUAUACAAAUUGAUUAUUUACAGAUUUUUGCUUUUUUAUAACCGAACAUAUUCAACUAUUUUCAGUAAAAAAAAACAUAUUCAACUAUUUUUUCAAAUCUGUUUAUGAAUCUAUUAUAUACAAGUUGUCAUCUGUCCCACCAGAGGCUUUGCCCUCCCUAUAGCUCAUCAGCCCAACAUCUAGGGAUCUUUAACUCGACCAACAAUGGAGAUCCCUCAAAUCAUAUCGUAGCAGUUGAGUUUGAUACCUUCCAAAACCAAGAGUUUGGUGACAUAGAUAGUAACCAUGUCGGCAUCGACAUCAAUAGCUUGCAAUCAGAGAUAGCUUCCUCAGCAGGUUACUAUAAAGAAGACGGUACUUUCAAAAACAUGUCUCUUGCAAAACGUAAGCCGAUACAAGCAUGGGUUGAAUAUGAUUCAUCAAGGAAACAGCUUAACGUCACGCUCCAUCCUCCUCAUCUCCCUAAGCCAAAUAUCCCAUUGCUUUCUCUAACCAAAGAUCUGUCACCGUAUCUCCUUGAGUCUAUGUACGUUGGCUUCACUUCAUCCAACGGCAUGCUUCGUUCAUCUCAGUAUAUUCUAGGUUGGACAUUCAAGCUCAAUGGAGAAGCUUCGAACCUAGAUAUAUCUCGUGUCCCAAAACUUCCUGAUGACGACAAUCAAGAAAGUGGUCUGAAAAGGAUCUUGGCCAUUAGUUUGAGCUUAACGGGGUUCACUGUCCUCGUCUUCUUGGCCAUAAGUCUUAUUACCCUUUUCUUGAAAAGGAAGAAGUUAAUGGAAGUUCUCGAGGACUGGGAGGUUCAGUUUGGUCCGCACAGGUUUGCUUACAAAGAUCUUUACGUUGCUACAAAGGGUUUCAAGAACAGCGAGCUUCUUGGUAAAGGAGGGUUCGGAAAAGUUUAUAAAGGUACAUUGCUGACGUCGAAGAUUGACAUCGCGGUGAAGAGAGUUUCACAUGAUUCAAGACAAGGGAUGAGAGAGUUCGUAGCAGAGAUCGCCACCAUUGGGCGUCUCAGACAUGCUAACUUAGUUCGGCUUCUUGGUAGUUUGGUCUACGACUGUAUGCCAAAAGGGAGUCUUGAUAAGUUUCUAUACAACAAACAAGAACAGAGUCUUGCUUGGUCACAAAGGUUCAAGGUUAUCAAAGACGUAGCUUCUGGUCUUUGCUAUUUGCACCAACAGUGGGUUCAAGUUAUCAUUCACAGGGACAUUAAGCCAGCAAACAUUCUUCUUGAUGAAUCUAUGAACGCAAAGCUUGGUGACUUUGGUCUUGCCAAGCUCUGUGAUGACGGUAUUGAUCCGCAAACCUCUAACGUGGCGGGUACGUUUGGAUACAUCUCACCAGAGCUGUCAAGAACCGGGAAGGCAAGCACAAGCUCUGAUGUAUUCGCGUUUGGAGUGUUGAUGUUGGAGAUAGCUUGCGGCCGAAGACCCGUUUUGCCACGAGCAUCUUCGCCUGGCCAGAUGGUUCUUACGGAUUGGGUGCUAGAUUGUUGGGAAGAUGAGAUAUUGCAAGUGGUUGAUGAGAGGUUAAAACAUGAUGAUAAUACGUACCUUGAGGAGCAAAUAACAAUGGUUCUAAAGCUCGGCUUGCUCUGUUCGCACCCGGUUGCUGCCAUUAGACCGAGCAUGUCUAGCGUUGUCCAGUUCUUGGACGGUGUGGCUCAGCCACCUCCUAACUUGUUUGACAUUGUGAAAGCUCGAGAAAUCGUUGCAGGCACUGAAGCCUUAGGUGAAGCAGCCAAGUUUCUUGCGCAGCCCAGUUCGGUCGCCAUGGUGACGUUUACGGAACCUUUCACCUCACACGGUCGCUAAAACAUCAAAGCCGCAGAAUCACACUCUUUUUCUUCAUGUCACAGUUUUGUUUGAAAACUAUUGUCCGAGUGUUUUUCUACGAGAAUGUGUGUUUCAGCCAUUUUAAGGGUCGUUGUAAUAAAGGUGAGUUUUGAUUGGAUCAGAUUUUUCGUCUUGUUUUCAACUGGGCAAAGGUUAAAUCCGAGAUUGCAAAAUGUAAAUGAAAACAAAUUGUUAUUUUGAAGGAAAUCAGGUGACAUCAACUCAAACAAACCCGAAAGAUCCUAAGCAGAAGCAAAUGUAUCAUAAGCAAAAGUGUAGAGGAGGAUGAUGAUAUGAUGAUUUUACAUGUAAAGGCCUUCAGGGACGCCUUCUUUCUUCUUGAACAUAACCUUUUCCUUGGC